AUGUAUAACUUGAGCUGUUACAAUCCCGGUUCCUUUAUCCUUGCUGGAAUACCUGGCCUGGCGAAGUUUCACAUCUGGAUUGGGAUUCCCUUUUAUGUCAUCUAUGUUCUGGCUGUUGUGGGCAAUGGCACCCUCCUCUACCUCAUUGUCAUUGAGGACAGCCUCCAUGAGCCCAUGUUUUUCUUCCUCUUUAUGCUGGCCACCACGGACCUCAUCUUGUCUACUGCCACGGUGCCCAAACUGCUCAGUAACCUCUGGCUUGGCUCCCAGGAAAUAACUUUCACUGAUUGUCUCACCCAAAUGUUCUUCCUCCACUUCAGCUUUGUAGUGGACUCAGCCAUCCUGCUGGCCAUGGCACUGGAUCGCUAUGUGGCCAUCUGCUUUCCCUUGAGAUACACCACCGUCCUGGCUCCUCAGGUGAUUAUCAAGCUUGUGCUGGGCAUUGUUGUGAGGAGUUUCUUGGCCAUCUUGCCAGAUGUCUUUCUGCUGAAGCGGUUACCCUUCUGCAGAACACGAAUCUUCCCCCACACAUACUGUGAGCAUAUAGGUGUCGCUCAGCUUUCCUCUGCCAACAUCUCCAUCAACAUCUGGUAUGGAUUUUCAGUGCCUGUCAUGACUGUUGUCUCAGAUGUGAUCUUUAUUGCUGUCUCCUAUAUCUUCAUCCUCCGUGCUGUCUUUCAUCUCUCAUCCCAAGGUGCCCGCCAAAAGGCACUCGGCACCUGUGGUUCCCACAUCUGUGUCAUCCUCAUGUUUUACACACCUGCCGCCUUCUCCAUCCUUGCCCAUCGCUUUGGGCACAGUGUACCUCGAAAUAUGCUCAUUUUAUUUGCCAACCUCUACGUGGCCAUCCCUCCCACUCUAAAUCCUAUAGUGUAUGGAGUGAAGACCAAGAAGAUCCAGGACAAAUUUAUUCUCCUGUUUACUUUGAAGAAGACACAAUGA